CAGACAGACAGACAGUCGAACCUCUGCAUACGGACACCUCUCUAAUACGGACAGUUUCCUAUGUACCGAACAACUUUCUCAUACGUUUCCUCUAAAAAUACCUAUAAUACGGACCCUCUCUAAAACGGACAAUGGACACUAAAUCUCGGCCCUAGGGAGCAAAUUCAUGACAAAUUUAACCUCUUUAUUGCGGCCACUCCGGGAACCAGGUAUCGAUAAUUUGCGGUAUGCACCAUUUCCUGUCGGCGGUUACACAAACAUUCACACGAAUUGACACCAACACAGGAACUUGUCAAAAUGUCACUUUUGGGCCUGAUUUUAGUUACUUGACACUCUAAACUGUCAGUGGAGAUUUAAAAAUGGCGUCAUCAUAGUGAUCUCCCCAAUGCGGACACCUCUCUAAUACGGACACUACGCUCUGUCCCCUCAGUGGACGUAUUAGAGAGGUUCGACUCUACGUACAUAUUAUUGAAGCUCUCUUUACAGUCUGCUGUCCGUUAUGUCCUUUAAGUUCUUGUCAAGCGUGUUCCAUUGUGCAGCUUCCCUAAAUGCGAACAAUCUCUGCCCUGUUUUCAGUCUGAAUCUUGGCAGGCUUAGAUCUUCGUAAAAUCUUCGCGUGAAUUUUUCAUUUAGGUAGUUUGGGGCCUGCCCAUUUAGACACUUGUGUACCAUCAUGAUGUAAUUUAAAACAUGAUUAAUUUGUCGGCUACGGUAAGCCGUUUAAGGGUUCUCAGACCUUCGGAAAUCUGGUCAUACUUUCUGAAGCCAAGACUAUUCGAGUAGCAAACAUGCUGACAGACCGACCGAAGACAGACAGACAGACAGAAAGACAGGCGGAAAAGACAAAAAUAAACAAAUAUCAUUUUCUUCUUAGCUUGUUCGUGUUCUUUAUGUGGUUCUUCCUCUUGUUCGUCAUCUUGUCCUUUCUCUUGUUCGUCAUCAUCAUCAUCAUCAUCAUCAUCAUCAUCUUGAGUUGUUGCCUUUGUUUGUCUGACUCAGUGACUGUCUUCUACAGACCUGGGAUUGGAAUUAUCCAGUCAGAUCUAUGCUGGUUUCACAGUUCAACUGGUUGGGCUGUACUUCUUGUCUCGGCCAUAUCAUCAUGGUCUGCUGGCGCAGGCAUCUUUGCCCAUUACAAAGACAUAGAAGCCAGAGAAGCGUUAGAAAUUCUCCAAACGUUUCCCAUUACGUCUGUCUUCUUCUUACCACGUAUCUACAUCGGUGCAGUAAAAGAGGACCUCAAAAGCUUCCACUUUCCAAGUUUAAGUAGUUGCAUUACAACUGGUGAACCAAUGAACAAAGAAGUCAUGCUCAAAUGGAAAGAAAAAACUGGGAUUGACCUCAGAGAAGCUUAUGGGCAAACAGAACUGGGUCCGAUAACCUGCACACCAAGGAAUGGGGAGCACCGAAUUGGUUCCGUGGGUCCAGCAUGCCAUGGCGUGGAUGUGGUAGUUAUUGAUGAUAACAACCAAGAACUGUGUCCAGGAAAAAUUGGAAAGAUUGUAGUCCGUGUGAAACCUUAUCGUCCGGUGGGAUUGUUUAGUCGUUAUGUGGACGAUGCUGAAAAAACAGCAGCUCGUUUUUCAGGAGACUUCUACAUCACAGGUGAUCUUGGCUAUAAAGACGAAGACGGUUACUUCUGGAUUGUAGGACGAACCGAUGACAUCAUCUUUGUUAACGGCGUCAAUAUAAAUCCAUACAUUGUCGAGAAAUGUCUAAUUUCACACCAAGCAGUUUUGGAGUGUGCUGUGGUCAGCAGUCCUGACCCACUUGGACAGACGUCAGUGAAAGCAUUUGUCGUGUUGUCCAGUGAUUUUAAGAACAAAGAACAAGGUGAGAUGAUAAAGGAACUGCAAGAUUACGUGACAAAGAAGACAGGAGCCUGGAUGAGCCCAAGGGAGAUAGAAUUUGUGGAUGCCUUUCCUACUACGCUAAAUGGCAAGGUCAAUCGAAACCACCUUAAACAAAAGGAGUGGAACCAGUGAUCGCAUGGGAACGGAAUCAAGCGCUAUUAGGAUGCUUAGAUUUCGACGUUGCAAACAAAAACUUUUAAUACCGAGAAAGAAACUCACUUCAUCUAACUACUAGUUGUCGUCCCCAGAGCCACCCGUUCUUCUCAGCCGGCGGGACCUUGACACGAGUGAAAUGUGGCUCUGGAGACACAGGCUUGAUUGGCUAGAUUCUUAGAAUACGAUUUUUGUUAAUUCAAUAUUCAGAAAUGAUCUUUUUGUAGCUUGAUCAGAAACUGAAUCGCUUUUGCCAAUAAGGCAAAUAUCCCCUACACCCGCCUCCAUCCUUACAUAUUGAAUUGCUGAAGGGAGAGAAAAUUAAAUGUAAAAUUUAAUUUUUUAGAAAUGUUUCCGAGACACUAUGGACCGUUAUUACAUAUUUUGAAAAGUGUUCAGAAUUUUUCAAUUUAACAGCAAAUCGCACAAAUAUUGAAGAUCCGAUACCAGGAUUCAUUAUAAAAGAGGUAAAAAACGUUCUCUGGUAAAAUUGUUCAAAGUUGUGAGCUUUCAACAGCCAGUCUGCUGUCUUCGACGGACAAAAAUGAAAUGAUAAAAUAGACCUAAAAAUUUUUUUGGAAUAUAACAAGCGAAUGGCAUAUAUUAAAUAGAAUAUAAAUAGAAUGUUAUAUUGUCCCGGCAGAGGGCACGAAUUGUUGUCGGCCUCGGCCGUUUUCGCUGUGUGCCAGGAUUCCAGCGUCUUUCUAAUGCGGCUGUUGCCUUUGUCAAUUAUCUCAGCAUUGUUAAAGUCGAUGG